AUGUGGUCUCAGAUUACUGUAGAUAACCAGCAGGAGUACAACAUGUGGUCUCAGAUUACUGUAGAUAACCAGCAGGAGUACAACAUGUGGUCUCAGAUUACUGUAGAUAACCAGCAGGAGUACAACAUGUGGUCUCAGAUUACUGUAGAUAACCAGCAGGAGUACAACAUGAGGUCUCAGAUUACUGUAGAUAACCAGCAGGAGUACAACAUGUGGUCUCAGAUUACUGUAGAUAACCAGCAGGAGUACAACAUGUGGUCUCAGAUUACUGUAGAUAACCAGCAGGAGUACAACAUGUGGUCUCAGAUUACUGUAGAUAACCAGCAGGAGUACAACAUGUGGUCUCAGAUUACUGUAGAUAACCAGCAGGAGUACAACAUGUGGUCUCAGAUUACUGUAGAUAACCAGCAGGAGUACAACAUGUGGUCUCAGAUUACUGUAGAUAACCAGCAGGAGUACAACAUGAGGUCUCAGAUUACUGUAGAUAACCAGCAGGAGUACAACAUGUGGUCUCAGAUUACUGUAGAUAACCAGCAGGAGUACAACAUGUGGUCUCAGAUUACUGUAGAUAACCAGCAGGAGUACAACAUGUGGUCUCAGAUUACUGUAGAUAACCAGCAGGAGUACAACAUGUGGUCUCAGAUUACUGUAGAUAACCAGCAGGAGUACAACAUGUGGUCUCAGAUUACUGUAGAUAACCAGCAGGAGUACAACAUGUGGUCUCAGAUUACUGUAGAUAACCAGCAGGAGUACAACAUGUGGUCUCAGAUUACUGUAGAUAACCAGCAGGAGUACAACAUGUGGUCUCAGAUUACUGUAGAUAACCAGCAGGAGUACAACAUGUGGUCUCAGAUUACUGUAGAUAACCAGCAUGAGUACAACAUGAGGUCUCAGAUUACUGUAGAUAACCAGCAGGAGUACAACAUGUGGUCUCAGAUUACUGUAGAUAACCAGCAGGAGUACAACAUGUGGUCUCAGAUUACUGUAGAUAACCAGCAGGAGUACAACAUGUGGUCUCAGAUUACUGUAGAUAACCAGCAGGAGUACAACAUGAGGUCUCAGAUUACUGUAGAUAACCAGCAGGAGUACAACAUGUGGUCUCAGAUUACUGUAGAUAACCAGCAGGAGUACAACAUGUGGUCUCAGAUUACUGUAGAUAACCAGCAGGAGUACAACAUGUGGUCUCAGAUUACUGUAGAUAACCAGCAGGAGUACAACAUGUGGUCUCAGAUUACUGUAGAUAACCAGCAGGAGUACAACAUGUGGUCUCAGAUUACUGUAGAUAACCAGCAGGAGUACAACAUGUGGUCUCAGAUUACUGUAGAUAACCAGCAGGAGUACAACAUGUGGUCUCAGAUUACUGUAGAUAACCAGCAGGAGUACAACAUGUGGUCUCAGAUUACUGUAGAUAACCAGCAGGAGUACAACAUGUGGUCUCAGAUUACUUUAGAUAACCAGCAGGAGUACAACAUGUGGUCUCAGAUUACUGUAGAUAACCAGCAGGAGUACAACAUGUGGUCUCAGAUUACUGUAGAUAACCAGCAGGAGUACAACAUGAGGUCUCAGAUUACUGUAGAUAACCAGCAGGAGUACAACAUGUGGUCUCAGAUUACUGUAGAUAACCAGCAGGAGUACAACAUGUGGUCUCAGAUUACUGUAGAUAACCAGCAGGAGUACAACAUGAGGUCUCAGAUUACUGUAGAUAACCAGCAGGAGUACAACAUGUGGUCUCAGAUUACUGUAGAUAACCAGCAGGAGUACAACAUGUGGUCUCAGAUUACUGUAGAUAACCAGCAGGAGUACAACAUGAGGUCUCAGAUUACUGUAGAUAACCAGCAGGAGUACAACAUGUGGUCUCAGAUUACUGUAGAUAACCCGGCAGGAGUACAACAUGUGGUCUCAGAUUACUGUAGAUAA